AUGGGAACUCCCUUCCUGAAAGUUGCCCUGAAUUGGAAGCGUUGGCUACUCCGGUUGCACAACGAGGUGAUUGGGGCCCUCUUUUGGGUUGUAGACUACACCAAGAAGCACCGCAAACCUGUUGCCGAGCGAGGCGAGAUCACAGCCACGCCGGGGCCCUCGGGGCAGCCCGUUAUCGUCACGAACACCCAAAAAAGUGGUACCUGGAUUGUCCUACGGACCAUGGAGGAGGUGUGCCCUCCGAUGGUGCCCGGGCUGCAGGCUGCACAGCCUGGGUUGCAGCCGAUCGAGGCAGCCCAGCCUGCCUGCUCGUCUGCCAGCUCAAGGCCCACGGCUGCGCCCAAGCUACCAGCCCCACCGAAACCAAGAGUCGGACUUUUGUAUGACUUCCUUGCUGCCCCUGCCACACCUACUCCAAGCGAGAGUACCGCGGAGCACAUGAUGCCACAUGUGGCCAACAUCGGCAAGGUGCACAUGAUGUUCUAUCCAGGCGGUGGCGACGAAUGGGAGGAAGAUGAGACAGUCAGCAAUUUUCUCACGACAGGCAGGCCGAAGUCUUGCAAGAUGCAAUGCACUUCGCACACGGAGCGUCUCCAACUCGCAUUGUUGGACCAAAAGCACGGAAUUGACGCAACUUUCCUCAAUGCAAAAGAGAAGUCCUUCCUGGAUGCAAUGAACGAGGAUGAAAAGCGCAGAAUGUUCUCUCUCACAGACGAGGACAUGGAGAGCUUGGACGAAACAAAGGAAGGCGAAGACAUCAAAAUGCCAAGCUUGCCAUCUUCGUCCUCGCCUGCAAAGCAGAAGACGCGGCCCUACCCUUUGUCAGAGCCUGUGGAGAUGCCGGGGGAGGUAGCAGACAUCAUCAAGGACACUCUGUGCAGGCUCUUCAAAUUUCAGUAG